AUGUACGCAUUCUCUUGCUACAGAGACCUCUUCGGGUAUAAUCCUCUAUUGUGUGCGGUAAAGGCUAAGGCACUUCCAUGCGUUAUUGCACUUCGUGAUUCUGGUGGUAUCAUCGACAUACCACCGUAUAAACUCGGAGUGGACCUUUGCCUAGCUGCAGCUCAUGGCGACAUAGAUCAGUUGAAAUGUUGGUAUGCAGCAGGCAGCGAUCUGACUGAGACUGAUUACGACAAGAGGACUCCACUGCAUGUGGCUGUCACACACAAUCAGCUGGAAGCAGUUCGAUAUCUGAUGGAGAAAGGCGUAGAUCCAAACGCUGCUGACGAGUUUGGUACAACUCCAUACAGUGAAGCCAAGAGGAAGGGCUAUGAUGAAAUUUUGAACGAGCUGAGGACUGGCCUAACUCGCCGCACUAACGAUACAAUUUUUGAGAACGAGGCACAGGAAAACGGGCCGUGA